AUGCUGAUCAUCGGUCUCACCGGCUCAAUAGCGACGGGCAAGUCCACCGUGUCCACCAUCCUCUCUACACCCCCAUAUUCACUUCCCAUCAUCGACGCCGACCUCCUCGCCCGCAAGGUUGUCGAGCCCGGCACCGCAGGCUACAAAGCCAUCGUCAACUACUUCGGCCCCAGCACCCCAGACCUCCUUCUCGAUGACGCACCCGAAAGCUCAGGCGGCAAGCCACUGAACCGACCAGCGCUCGGCCGCCGCGUCUUCGGCAGCACUGAAGAGCGCAAACGCGACCGCCAGGUCCUAAACGGCAUCGUCCAUCCCGCCGUCCGCUGGGAAGUCUACAAAGCUCUUAUCUACCACUACCUGCGCGGCCAAUGGGCCGUCGUACUCGAUGUCCCGCUACUAUUUGAAAGCGGCAUGGACCUGAUCUGCGGAACGGUUAUCGUGGUCGGUGUCCAUGAUCCAGAGAUCCAGAUGGCAAGGCUCCGUGCCCGCGACGCCCACCUUACUGCUGAGGAUGCGGAGAACCGGGUCCGCAGUCAGGGCGAUGUGCGUACGAAGGCGACGCAGGCGGAAUUCCGGGGGACGACGACAGCGCGGGGCGUCGUCGUCUGGAAUGAUGCCGAUAAGGCUGAGUUGGAGACGGCGGUUAAGAGUGCGAUGACCAGCAUUGCGGCUUCCAGUCCUAGAUGGUGGGCUUGGACGUUGUUGGUUGCGCCGCCGGUUGGGUUCGGGGUUGCUGCGUGGAAUUUGGUGGUGAAUUUUGCAACGAAGAAGGGCUGGGAGAGAAAGAAGCAAGAGGAGAAGGCGAAGCUUUGA